UGCAGUUUCUUUCGUGCACCUAUCUAAGGAGGACCAACGAAAUCAAGUGAAAGCGAGCGUUCAAAUUUUUCUUUUCGAUUUAAAAGUAAUUAAAAAGAUACAAGGAUCUUCCAAAAAUGAGUUUCAUUAGGAAUUGUCUAUUCACGACAUCAGCGAUCGUUCUUUCUUCGAUUUUCGUUUCCGGUUUUCCUGAUGGUGCACCAGUAGAUGCGUGUGUCAAACCACGACCUAAUCAACCCUAUCACGGGGAUGCAAGAAGUCAACCUUCGAAUAAAAGCCCCUAUACAUUAAUAGCUUCAUCGUCAGAAUACGUUCCAGGAGCACAAAUUACCGUAACCAUUAGUGGUUCAGCUUUCAAAGGAUUCUUCUUACAAGCACGCGAUAGUAAUACCCACGCAUGGAUUGGUUCUUGGGCACAAACACCGAAUACAAACACCCAUCCUGAAUGUAGUGCUGUUACGCACGCAGAUCCACGUGAGAAACAACAAGCCACUCUUAUUUGGAAUGCACCACCGAAUACUCGAGGUCAAGUUUAUUUCACUGGUACCGUUUUAAAAGAAUAUGCAUUAUUUUGGUCGGAUUUAGUUGCACGAGUGGCUUAAUGAAAUAAAAGAAGAAAUACGAAACUAAAAAUUCAAUGAGUUACCAAACAGAGAUGCUCGUAUUUUAAUAUUCUCUUAUGUCCAAAUAAAAUAGAUAUAAUCUUCAUGUCGAAUGAAACAUUCACUUGAAAACAAUCGACAUUAAAAUCAAUCGAUAUUUAUCGAUGUACUCUACCACGCACUGUUUUAUUCAAUUCUUUA